AUUCUCUGCGCAUGCGCGGCAAUGCGCUGUGUCCCUCGAAAGAGCCGAAGAUGUCGGCUUGGGCAUGUGAUCAGCUGUGUCCAAUCACAGCUGAUCACAUCAGUGCCAGCUGUCAGUGUCCAUCAGUGCCACAUCAAUGCCACAUAUCAGUGCCUACCAGUGCACAUCAAUGCCACAUAUCAGUGCCCAUCUGAGCUGCCUUUCAGUGUCACCCAUCAGUGCCAGUCAGUGCCGCCUAUCAGUGCCACCUAUCAGUGCUGCCAAUCAGUGCCGCCUAUCAGUGCCAUGUAUCAGUGCUGCCUUUCAGUGCCCAUCAGUGAUGCCUGUCAAUGCCCAUCAGUGCCACCUAUCAGUGCCAGUCAGUGCCGCCUAUCAGUGCCAUAAAUCAGUGCUGCC